GAAUGAAAAUUUUGUUUUGUUGUGGAACUAAUGAUUGGGAAAACGAUUAAAAUUAAUAGCCUUUCUGAAAUCAUUUUAGUGUCUGGAUUACUGUUUUGUGUAGAGGAAUAGUUAUUUUUUAAAUGGGCCAAAUUUUGACUCUUUCAUUAUUUACUAGCGGUGUAAAUUAAAAACUAACUUUGCCUGUCUAAACAAAAAUUCGUCUGGAUGUCAAAAUGGCUACUACAUCGGUGAAUGUCAGUCUGGAUGAUAUAGAUUUGUCUAGCCUAAGGGAUCCAGCAGGCAUAUUUGAUUUAAUAGAAGUUGUAGGAAAUGGGACCUAUGGACAAGUCUAUAAAGGUCGACAUACGAAGACUGGCCAGCUGGCAGCCAUUAAGGUUAUGAAUGUAACUGAGGAAGAAGAGGAAGAGAUUAAACUAGAGAUAAAUGUGCUCAAAAAGUAUUCUCAUCAUCGGAAUAUAGCUACUUACUAUGGUGCUUUUAUUAAAAAAGGUCCUCCUGGCAAAGAUGACCAACUCUGGUUGGUUAUGGAAUUUUGUGGAGCUGGUUCUGUUACAGAUUUAGUUAAAGCUACAAAGGGGAAUUGUUUAAAAGAAGAAUGGAUAGCCUAUGUUUGUAGAGAGAUAUUGAGGGGUUUGGCUCAUCUCCAUGGUAAUCGUGUUAUACAUCGUGAUAUUAAGGGUCAGAAUGUUUUAUUAACUGAUAAUGCUGAAGUUAAACUAGUUGAUUUUGGUGUUAGUGCCCAGUUAGAUAAAACAAUAGGGAGAAGAAAUACUUUUAUUGGGACGCCAUAUUGGAUGGCUCCUGAAGUAAUAGCUUGUGAUGAAAAUCCUGAUGCAACAUAUGAUAACAGAAGUGAUCUAUGGUCAUUAGGUAUAACUGCAAUAGAAAUGGCUGAAGGAAAGCCACCACUCUGUGAUAUGCACCCUAUGAGGGCCCUGUUCCUUAUACCUAGAAACCCACCUCCACGACUCAAAAAUCCCACAAAAUGGUCGAGUAAGUUUCACAAUUUCGUUGAAUCUUGUUUAAUAAAAGAUUAUACUCAACGCCACAACACUGAACAAUUACUCAAACAUCCAUUCAUACGUGAUCAACCUACAGAACGACAAGUUCGAAUUCAACUUAAAGAUCAUAUUGAUAGACAUAAGAAGAAUAAAAAGAUUGAUGAUCAUGAUACAGAGUAUGAAUAUGAAGGAAGUGAUAAUGAUGAAGAUGAAGAAAAUACAAUGCCAGGAGAACCAAGUUCUAUAUUACAAAUACCUGGUGAAUCAACACUUAAACGAAACUUCCAACAGAUUCAAGAAAGAGAGGGCAGACGUAAUCAACAAGCUAAAAGUCGUCCUCUCUCACACCAUCAACAACAACAACAACAGCAACAUCAUCAGCAUCAUCAACACCAACAAAUCCAACAUCAUCUUCCACAGCCCCAUCAACAACAACAACAACAACGCCCACCAUCUAGUCAUUUUCAACAACCAUCACAAAGCCACAAUUUGCCAAAGCAAUUUCCCAUGCAGUCACGACUCAUAGGUUCGUUAGCAUUUUUUUUUAUGGUUGCAAAUUUUCUUCCAGAUGCUAAUAAUCCAAGUUCUGGUGCUAUACAUGCUAGUGCUGUUCAUUCUGAUAAACCUACUGGAAUGUUUUCUGGACAAGCUCACAAACCAGAGGUAGAACGACAAGCUAGAACUGUGUAUGUUGAAGAUGAUGAUGAUGAUGAAGAUGAUGAGGAAGAUGAUGAUCUGAUCCAUAGAGAUGGAACAUUACCUGCUUCAGAACCUCCACGUCCAUUGUAUAAUAAGUCUGAUCCUUCGUUUCUUGAUAAUGGUGAUAAAUAUCGUGAUCGGCGAAAUGAUGGUGGCUCUAGAAAUAAACCUCCAGUUGCACACAUCCACAGAACACAAUCAAAUUCUUCUGCACCUGGUGCUCUUGGUAAGUAUUUCUCUUGUUUAAAAUUCCUUUGGGUGUAUGUUACCUUGUCUGGCAAGCUAUCUUACAAAAUUAGCUUGAUGCUUUUCAACUCUCAGUCUCCUAGACAUAGUACUAGUAGUAAUGUAUUACCUGAUCUUCUACCCCCUCACACGCCCCCACAGCCACGAUCUCCCGCCUCUACCCCACAACGUCCUCAAGAUAAAACAACAUCAGACGAGUCCUCGAUGCGGCAUCAGAGGUCCUUCUCUGCGUUUGGAUUCGGAGCAGGUGGUUCAACUGUUGGUUCAAUUUCCCAGCAAUCCCGUCGAGGUUCACAGAUCAACGUUAAUGUCACGCCAUCACAAACAGUUGUCGAGGGGACAGACACGCCUGAGAUUAGAAAAUACAAGAAGCGUUUUGGUUCAGACAUUUUGUGUGCUGCAUUAUGGGGUGUUAACUUGUUGAUUGGAACAGAAAAUGGCUUGAUGUUGUUAGAUAGAAGUGGGCAAGGAAAAGUGUAUACCUUGAUAUCUCGAAGACGAUUCCAUCAAAUGGAAGUUUUAGAAGGUCAAAAUAUAUUGGUGACUAUAUCUGGCAAGAAAAAUAAGAUUCGUGUAUAUUAUUUAUCAUGGUUAAAAAGCAAGAUCUUUAAGAGUGAAGGGGUGAAUAUGGUUAUUUUUCAGAAUGAUAAGAAAAAUGGUUGGGUAAAUGUUGGUGAACUGGAAAAUUGUGUGCAUUUUAAAAUAGUGAAAUAUGAAAGAAUCAAGUUUUUGGUAAUAGCUUUACAAGAGAGUAUUGAAAUAUAUGCUUGGGCUCCCAAACCAUACCAUAAAUUUAUGGCAUUUAAGUCUUUCCCCGAAUUAACAUAUAAACCAAUCGUGGUUGAUUUGACAGUGGAGGAAGGUCAAAGGUUAAAGGUUAUUUAUGGUUCAUUAAAAGGUUUCCAUGCUAUUGACCUUGACAGUUCACAGGUGUUUGACCUCUACAUUCCUUCCCAUACACAAGGAAAUAUUAUACCACAUACUGUAGUUAUAUUACCAAAUACUAAUGGUCUUCAUUUAUUACUCUGUUAUGAUAAUGAAGGUGUUUAUGUUGAUACCAAUGGUAAAGUAACUAAGAAUGUGGUAUUACAGUGGGGUGAAUUACCUACAUCUGUUGCUUAUAUUAGUACUGGUCAGAUAAUGGGCUGGGGUAAUAAAGCUAUUGAAAUAAGAUCUGCUGAAACAGGACAUUUAGAUGGAGUUUUUAUGCAUAAAAAGGCACAGAAAUUGAAAUUUUUGUGUGAACGAAAUGAUAAGGUGUUUUUCUCAUCUGUAAGAUCUGGAUCAUCAUGUCAAAUCUAUUUCAUGACCUUAAGUAAGCCAGGAUUAGCUAAUUGGUGA